CACAGUCGCGUAUUUCGCGUGCAUCCGCUUGUUGGUUUUACUUAAUAGUACAAUAAAUAAUUAUUGCACUUAAUUAACAAUUUGCUAAAAUAUUCAAAUAAUUUUGAAAAGUCAUAAUGAAUUUAACGAAAUAUAUUUUUUUGUGUUCAUUAUUUGUGUGCGUCAUUGUGUGCGACAAAAUGAAGAUCAACACUUCAGGAUCAAAAGAUCCUCCGAUUUCUCACAUUCAUACGCGACAAUUACUGGAGUUAUGUUUUCCUGAUCAGAUACGUCAAGUUGCGAUUACGCCCGAUUUGACUGAUAUUAUUUACCUAAUCAAACAGAACGAUCAACCAUUCAGUUCUGUUUUUAUAUUUGAUCAAAUUAAGAUUUAUUUUCGAAGGAAUUACUUCAAUGCGAAUAAUUACGAGGCAUACAUUUCAUGUCAGUGCUACAUUUUUUCUGUGAAUUCACUCGAUACACUUGGAAAGGACAUUUUUUAUUCACCUAAUUGGGAUAGCGAAAAAUUAAUGUUAAUAGUCGGGGAUCAGUGCAGUGAUGCAUUGAAGGCACUGAAAAAGCUAUGGAAAGGUCAGGCUAUCAAAUCAUAUUUCCUGUGCCCCGAUGAAUUCAACAACAAUACAGACAUCUAUAUGUUCAACCCUUACGGUGAUAGGGCGCCAAAGCUCUGGAGCAAAGUUGAGGCAAGAGACCGACCAUAUGAUCGGUGGACAGUUUACAAAAUGCCAUUCGUUAACGAUCAGAGUAUAUGUUCCAGUUUAACUUUUGACAAAACGGAGAUUUUAGAUGGUCAUCAAAUUCCGAUUUUGGAUUUCGAGAUGAUGAACUUCGACAAAAUAAAUUUUAAUGAAUAUGACAGAUCCAAUACAUCCGAUAUGAACUUGAAAAAAACAAUUCUUUUCUACAAGAAUAUAUUCUCAGCCAUGAAUGUCACUCCUAUAGCUUUCAAUGAAAAUAAAACAGAUUUUGAGGGGAUAAAUCUAACAGAUCCACAACUACUUGAAUUCGUCACUGAUAAGCCGAACUUUUUUCCUUUUUAUGAACAAAGUGGUUACGUUAUACUAACACAAAAACAAAGUUUAAUACCGACAUUUAGCCAAGUAGCCGACGAAUUUUUUACUUAUCAAAAUAUAGUAAUGUCGUCCAUUGUUUUGGUAAUACUAUUCAUCAUAAUUCUGUUUAAUCACAAGUUUCAUUUCGGUGGAGCUGCUUUAGAUCUCUUGUCAUUUCUGUUGAAUAUGGGAUUAACGACUCCUAUAAAUCGGUUAUGGAUGCGGAUUACUUUCUUGAGUGCAACUUUAUUUGUUAUCAUUUUUAAUCCGGCGUUGCAGGGGCUACUGACUUCAGUAUUGACUCGACCAGAGUACAGAAAUGUCCAAACCCUAAAAGAUCUUCGCGACAAUAAUUACCACGUCUACUGGUCUACGAUCUAUGAGUACAAUAUAAUACUUGAUAGUCAGCUAUGGGAUGAAGAUUCUUUGAAUAAAUAUGUCCACGUGAUGUAUCCGGGAGAUCAAGAUUAUUGCACGAAGAACGUUGGAAAUAAUUCCACAAUCGCUUGUUUAAUUGACUUCGACUCACUUGAAGCUACGAACUUGGACUCACAUAUUUCGAAAGAGUUUUCUCAUAAAAUUCAUGUAUUUGCAAAUCCUAUCAACUGGGGACUCGAUAAAAAAGCUCAAAAAUUAGCGAUGAAGUUGUUUGAAAGUGGUUUUUCGGAUUAUGCUCAAAAGCGUAAUUUAUAUAGAAUUUUGAUGAAAAGGAAAAUCAAAAUGGAUAAAAUUAAAGCAUUACGAGAUUAUGAGCAAUUGAAUCUCGAAGAGUCUGCGUUAGUCUACAUUGCGAUGACACUGGCUGCAGCCUGGGCAUUUCUGGUUUUGGGUGUCGAAAUUCUGUUUAAAAAAAUAGAAACAUUUUUUGAGAAACGUUCACGAGAGGCGGAAAUGAGAAAAUUGAAGAUUCGAAGGAGAAUUGCGUCUACCGUCAGGAAAAUAGCCAUUUUCUCUCAAGAAGUAAUCGACGUUUAAGCAGAAGAAUAACUUUUAAUUAUUGUUGAAUUUUGAAUCUUUAAAAAUAUUAUUUGAUAAAGUGUGAUAGUGUAAACCAUUGUAUUGUUGCAAGAGGUACCAGGGCAAAAUACGACAUUAUUUUUAAAAAAAGAAAAAAUUCAUUAUUUUAUUAGAAAAAGGGUGAGCAACUUUCUCCGAUCAUGUGCAUAAACAAGUAAACGGUUUUAAAUAAAACAAAAUCUUCAUUUUCUAAACAGUAGCAAUUAUGCCCUGAUAUUUUGACCAUAUGAUUGCUGUACUUCUCUGUUUAAAGAAUUCAAUACUUUUGUAAUGAUUAGAUGUGUUCUAGUGGUAAUUAAAUAAUUCAUACUCUCACGCAAUAACUCAUCCGCAAUGUUUAUGCAGGAUGGCAUCAAUGUAUUGAUUGAUUUCAAUCCACUUUGUAUUCAUUUUUGACACUAAAAUUAAUU